CAACCCAAACUCCCGCACGAAAUUCCUCCAAAUAUCAUCUUGUGUCUGAUCCUGCGUCGCACUAAAUGCAUACCCCAUCUGCGCCAACGCCUGGAACUAUGGGUGCACUGAUUGCACAUUUGAGGUGUACAUCUGCUGCAUGGGAGCCAAGGGGGGGUUAUCAAAGGAAUCGGUCAAGCUGACACUGUCGACGAUAUCGGAUAGAGACAUUGUCACAACGUGACCGUGAUCAAGUGCAUCAUUGCCGCCGGGAGCGAGCUUGACCUUAACCUUGACCAAGUACGCCAUGAAUUUAAAGCGAUGGAAAUAUGAACACGUUCCAGACGCAUGUUCGACUUGGACGACGACCACCAUCCUGACUCAACCAACUUGAACUGCUCAUGGCAUUACCCACUGCUUUCCCCUCCAACUGGCGCCCUUGUAAAGGAUGUAUCUGCAUGAACCACACCAUCCCAUCCUACCAAUUUUCUGUCACGGACGCAGAUUGUCCCCUUGUUGAUCAUCCAGAUCUUGGGAAACUCGUACACUCCAAUGAUGCACCCAACCCGUCUGAAGAGAAAACUCUUCGGAGGAUGGUAUCAGAUUCUAGAAAACGUAUCGACGCCCUUGAUUCCCAGAUACUGGAGUUGAAGGCGUUGAGACAGGAUCUCGUACAGUCGAUCGCACGAGUCGACGAAGAUCUGGCUGCGCUGGAUAAAGAGCGGCGACGCCUCUCCGAUAGCGUUCCAGAACGACGCCUUCUUCUCAGCGCUUUGCGUCGUAUGCCCAAAGAAGUCCUUGCUCACAUUUUCCUUCACACCCUUGUCUUUCCUUUUCCGCGGGUGGAGCCCGAGUAUUACGUUAGCGACUGGUCAACGUUUUCUUCCAGAAGACACCCACUCUUAUCGUUUGAACUGGUGUCUCGUAACUGGAAGGACGUCCUUGAUACAUUCCCCAACUUGUGGUCUUAUGUCAAUAUCCUCAUCGAUGGAAUAGUUUCCAAUACUUACACCCGCUACAUUGGAAACCAGUUGUCCCGCUCUCGACAGUGCCCAUUAUCGAUCUCGAUAUGCCACAGUGAGAACACCUCGGUCACCAGGCUGGAUACCUUUCCUGUGGCUAUCUCAAUGGCCCUCUUCUCUGUCAGCCAUAGAGUACAAGCUCUCCAUCUUUGCCUCCCUGGCAGAUAUCUUGCCUCUAUGCAGCAACUCCAUUUAUCUUUCCCCAGUCUACAAGAACUUGUUCUUCUUUCAUCGUCCGAAACUUCAGAGGUUGCCCAGCAUCUCCAUUUCGGUUCACUUCCGCAUUUGCGGGUCUUCCGUGCCACGGACGUCAGUAACAUCGAUAGACUAUCCCUCCCUUGGCACCAAAUCACUCAUUUUACAAAUGUGCACAUGCGGGCAGGACACGGGCCACCCGCCAAUCGUGCUCUGAAUGUCUUAAAAAGGAUGCCUCGUGUGUCCGUCUGUGAUUUAUCCCUUGACCUCAGGCUCCAAGCUUUGGGGGUUGCGGAGGACACGACUCUCAGCCAGCUACAUUCACUCAAAGUUACAUCUGUGUACCGACAAGGCUUCGGGUUCCCGCCUGUGAUCCCCUUUGUGCUCGAUUCCUUCAUACUUCCUGCCCUGUUGGACCUCUCGGUAACUUGCUUCGUCGGCUCCACCUUGCGGGACCGGAGCAUCACAUUUACUUCUAUCCGCCAGCUCAUGAACGUUCUCAUAGUCUCCUUACAUCUCUCUAUUUCGACAAUGGAGAAAUCUUAAAGGAUGAUCUUAUUCACAUUCUUUCGAGCACACCCACCCUCCAGGAUAUACGACUAAUGAAUUUGAACGGAGUGAUAACAGACGAAGUCCUCAACGAUCU